ACCCUCCAAAGCUCCGAUUUGGCACAAGGUUCUUUUUUAUUGCCUAUAAAAUUGGCACCUCUUUUCUUUGUGGAUCAUUCUCUUCUUUUUUUUCGUUUCCUCUUUCUAUUUUCCUAUUUUGUCAUGAUGAUUACGACCAGUGAACCAGCGUCUACAUGGCAUCGAUACCCUUUGGACCGUAUUCAUGAUGCUCCCUCCAGUGCCACGCCCAACAACGUUGCGCGGCUAACUGACCUUAUCCGUUACCACCAUUCCCUUUAUCAGAUGGAAUACCGUGAUCGACCCAAUGUGCUUACACGCGUGCUUGUAUGCCUUUACGACUUGGGUGCCAGUCAAGCCCAGUUGGAAAAGGUCUAUUAUACGGUUCAGGGCAACCUUCAAUCCCUGCGAAGUGUCCAUGCAACCAUCCAUCAAGACAACUGGCAGGAACAUUUGGGUCAUUCAUCAGCUUACGGUGACUAUCUGAUGUUUUUCGACGGUGAACUGGUUCGUCUCGGAUUGGAUACGUUGGUCGACACUUAUUUUUAUCAGUCCAGCUUAUCGGAUUCGGCGGGAUCCCAGCUCCAGCCGUUAGUUCAUCUCGCUUUUGGACUCGAAAAACGGUUGCCCGACAUUGUCACACAAAGUCUCGCUUAUUUGGCGAGCACCCAUUUACCGGUUUCUGAAUUGAUCGAACCAUUGUCAGAGCCGUUGAUUGGCGACCGAACCACGUCGUCAACCAGUAGUGCCCAAUCGCUUGAAACCUUGUUACUCGAUCUUGUAAGCGCCGAUCCGCGUUUCGAUGGCAAAAUGGAAGGCGACAAUACAUUUCAUUCGGCUGUAAAACUGUUACUGAAAAGCAAGCACGAUUUACUGCAAACGUACAUGGCGGAAUGGGUCAAACUGCCUUUUGAAUCGUCGCAACAACGGUUGGGAUCCCUCACGUUAUUGGCGAUUCGAUUCAUGAGCUUAGGAUCACAACAGUCCCAGGAACACGAUCAAGUCGAACUGGACCCGUUCCUGGGAGGGGGCCAACUACUCCAAUCGGCCUUGGCCAUCCGCACUUUGACAAAUCAUCGUCCCCAAUACCUCGACCGAUUUGUCAACCUUCAAUUUGUCGCCACCCUUUGCACGUAUGUCGUGCAAGGCCGACCUAAGCCAUCAAAGAGUGUACCGUCAGGACUCACACUUUCGUCUAACACAUGGGCGGACUGUGUUGCCCACAUUGUUGAAUCCGGAGAUCCAAAAGCGAUUUUGGCGAUCCAUUCGCUCAUUCAAGCACGAGAAUUAAAUGAGCAACAAUGUCUAGACACAGCCGCCAUCCUUGUCCGCUUUUCUCAGAAUGGAAGCUGGAUCAAAGGGGGCAUCGGUCAAUCGUCUCGCUAAAUCGUUUUAUCAUCCAUCAUGAGGGCUUUCCUUCUUCUCCCACCAUAUCCAUCCCUCGUCGUUUCCUUUUUUUUUGCCAUGUUUCAUUUUCCAUUACUUGCCGUCUCGCCCUUUUUUUUAUUUCUUUUCUUUAUAUCCCCCCUGCAUCUUUCUUUUUAAGACCCCAUUUUCUUUUUUUUACCAUCUGUUUGUACAUAUAAAUAUCAUGCUUUAUUUUUGUCCAUGUCGGUUUCAAACCAAAACAAAGAAUCAUCGAUUUUCUAAACUUUA